AUGGACUGUUUACCCGGCGGGAGAUACCCGGGAUCAGCAAAAAGAACUGCAAUAUUAAUGCGGAGUACUUUGUCCGAAAUGAUCAACUCAAAAUACACCGAAUGUCUCACCCUUGACUUCAUACCCCUCAAGCGAGUCGAGUGUUUCCUGGGACGGCCGGACUUCCUUGCCUCUGUCGUCGUCAUCCCCGUCGUCACGCUUGGGGUAAACCACGAAAUCUUCAGGGGCAGUGGUGCGGUAGUCGAUCACGGCGAGGGGAAAGUCGGUAGCGGGGUGGCGGAUGGGUCUCCAGACGUUGAUGAGCUGGUAGCGCUUUUUGAGGAGGGCGUCGGCUUCUUCCUUGGGAGUGACAUGUCGCCUGACUCUGGCCUCGGCAGCUUUGGGUGUCUGAUCAACGUGGACUUGCUGGACCGGCUGGCGGGCGGCGCCGGGGUCGUGCCUGCGGAUGGUGUGGUCAAAAAUCUCGAUGCGCUUGAUCUUUUGGCCGCUGUGUUGGAGUCUUUCUCUCAGGAGGGCUUCCACUUCGGCGUAGUAUUUGGUGCGGACGGUCUUGUCGUCCUCGAAAUCUUCUGGGGUGGUGGCGGAGGGGGAGCGGUAGACUGCGAAGCCGGCUACAUCGAUGUCGGCACCAAAGGAGCCAACUUUGGAGUGAAUGUCCAGGCAGUCGGAAAAGUUGGUGACGUCCUUGGUGACGGUUUUACGGCUGUAAGAGGUGUGGUCGACGUCGACUUUGGCCCAUGGCGCUACACCAGCGGUGAUGCUGGCUGGGUCGAGGUAGCGGAAGGUACUGCUGGUCAUUUUGCGGGCUGUGACUUGUCUGAGGAGUUUUUGUGA